AUGCACGAGCAGCUCUUUUCAGGCCCAUUGCUGGCACUGACUACCGACGGCGUUCAGCUUCAACCGGAGGCCGUGUCGUUUCUGCAGCAUCUGAUCGAGCCUGUGGUGGUCGUGAGCCUCCAUGGACCAAAGCACAGCGGCAAGACGUCGCUUGUCCGCAGCCUUUUCGACGUCCACGAGGACGACGCCGGCACGGAAGGUGUGUGGCUCUAUGUCAGGAGAGUAGAUUUCCAGAAUGCCACCUACUUGGCGAUUGUGGACCGACCGGGGUUUCAUAAGUCGUCACUGGACAGGUUGUUGUACUCAGUCCUUGCAAGUCUGAGUAGUGUGGUGGUCCAUCAUGUGGAUGGCCAGUUGACUGCUGAAACGCUGGACCAAUUUGCGUUUCUCGGAUCGAAGCUAGAAAAGAGCGGUGCAUCGCUACCACCUGAUUACGAUUUUCCUCAGUCUCCAAAACUGCUUUGGGUGCUGCAGAAUGUUUCCACGAGCGAGCUGAAGGAGCAGGUGCAGAGUGGAAUGUCUCAGCAAAAGAUUGAACAGGAAUAUUUGUGCCACGCGUUGGCCGCAUUGCCUGAGGAUUCACCCGGUGCAGAAGUUAGCAGGCUUCUUGGGACCGUGUUUCCUGAUCAGGGAUGCUUUACAGUUCCUCCAAAAGAAUCAGAGGUGUUUGAAAAGCGAGUAGCGAAGCUCUUGCGGGUCCUUACACAGUCGGUGCACAAUUGCUAUUUCGAGACUACCGUGCUCAAUGGCCCGCUUAUCGGUACACUCAUGGUUUCUAUGCUUGCUCACCGCGAUAGCAUCUCAAAGGCGUUCCGGGGGCAAGUCUGGGAGGACACGAUUCACAGUUGCUGCCUAAGUGUUGUCGAAAAUGUAGUCAAGAGUUACAAGUUUCGAAUGGCUAAACGAUUAGGCAGCAUUGUCGACACGUCAGACGUCGAAUCUCUACCGCUAACGCUAACCUCUCCUCCAGAACAUCCAUCAUUGGUCGAGUUACCAUGUGACCACCAUGUUCUCCUCGGUUUGCACAAUACCGCUAAACGCGAAGCAAAGGCAACUAUUCGCACGAUGCUUGCCCGGUCCGAGAAACUCAACUCGUUGUUCAAGAGAUUAUUCCGUGACUCAGUGAAGUCUGUCUUUAGCACAAUUCUGGACAAAAAUGACCGCAUUUCAUCCGAGAUCUGCCAAUCGUCGCUUGCUGCACUCCACACGAAAAUGAGUGAACAAAUCAAUAUGCAGUUAGCGUUGAGCACCCAACAUGACGAAGGCUCGUACUCUUUCCAGUCGGUCGGAUUGAAGAGAUUUUAUCCCCAUUACCAAGCAACCUUGUUCAAAUUGAUGGUUGAGUACACCGAUCAAGCGAAAGGCCCAGCCAAGAAAAAAGAGCUCGCCAAGUUCAUGCACAAUGUCAUUCGGCCACAACUCGCAGACUUAUCAGACACACUGGAAAAUGCUCGCCGAUGCGAUGUGGAUGCGGUUCAGACAGAAAUUACAAAGAAAGAGCAGGAGGUCCAGGAGCUCAAUCAUAAGCAAAACUUGUACCAGGAUACGACAAUGAAUACGCAAAAGGACGUCAAUCGACAGCUAGUCGAAGUCGCUGAGCUUCACGCGUUGCGAAAAGGGGCACUUGUUCAAGCUAUUGAAGACCUGAACAAGAUGGACGCGAAAGCCACUGAGCAAAAAGCAUUGCUGGAAGAAGCUGCAUUUGUAUCGGUCCAACUUCCCGAACAAAAAGUCAUCGAAGCUGCUCAGGAUCAAAAAGAAGAAGUGACAGAGCUGCAAGGCUACUUGAUCAAGCAAGGUGGUGGUGGAAAUGUACUCAACAUCUUGGGCCGGAAGAACUGGAAGCAACGGUACUUUAUUCUCAUUGGCGCAAGCCUGAUCUACGCGAAGACGAAGGAUGACUACGAGCGUGGUAAAGUCAUCAAGGAACUCAGCCUAACCGGCUGCCGCAUCGAUCCCUCCCGCGACGCAGGCGAAGGACUCGAUAUCACUCCAGGAAAGUCUGCGCAUGUGUUCGCAUUGCAACGGGGCUUAUUCGAGAAGAAUAGCAAGAAACGCUCCUCAACAGCUGACACCGGUCGCAUCUUUAAGCUCCGUGCUCAAAACAUUCAAGAGCGAGACGUAUGGAUCGAUAAGCUACGCCAAGCGGCUGGAGGCUACUAA